UCGCUCAGCAGCCGCACGUCGUCGUGAACGUCGAAGUUGAAGAGCGGCCCGCUCUUCCCGCGCGCCUUGGUGACGAUGAAGUCGUAGAAGCUGUGAUGGUGGGGGAUGAUCAGGUCCUCCUUGAUGUACAUGAGCUGCUCCACCCCCGCCGACUUGAACUCGCUGAAGUCCUUGCGCAGGAUCUCCAGCGCCUUCUGCAGGAACUGCCGCAUGGUGUUGCCCUUCUUCAUCCGGACGGUCCGCCGGUGCCCCGAGCCGUCCCAGUAGCUGAAGGUGAUCUCGAUCUCCUCGCUCUUGAUCUUCUCCUGCUUGGCCUCCCACUCCUGCCGCAGCUCCUCCCGCAGCCGGUUCUCCUCCUCCUCGCGGUCUCGGUCAGGCAGGAAGCUCGUGUCCACGUCGGGGUUCUUGCCCAACUUCCUUUUCUUCCUGGCGGUCUCUUCCCUUGCCCGCUCCUCCUCCUCCACGGCGACCUCCUCCUCCUCCUCGCCGCCCUCCUCCUCCUCCUCGCCGCCCUCCUCCUCCUCCUCCAGCGUGAAGGACAGGCUGGAGAUCUUCCGCUUGGCCUCCGUCCUGCGCUCCUUCUCCCGCAGCUUCUCCAGCUGCAGCUGCAGCUCCUUCGACUGCUCCUUCUUGGCCAGCUGCUUCUCCCGCUCCUUCACCAGCGCCUCCUGCUUGGCCUUCAUGUCGUUCAGCGUCACGAGGCCCACCGUGCUGGACUUGAGCUCCGCCUCCACGGCGUCGUAGUGCACCGAGAACUUCUUGUCGAUGUUGGCCUUCAUGAUGUUCUCCUCCGAGAUCCGCUGCUUCAUUUGCUCCAUCUGCUCGCGCUGCUUCUCCCGCUUCUUCAUGAGGUGCAUGGCGCGGCCGGCCUCGCUCGCGGCGCCCUUGUACUGAGCCAUGGCGUUGCUGGCGGCGGCGGGGACAGUGACAGCAGCUCAGUUGCUCAGAGGACGUUCUCGCAGCGCAGAGCACAGCCAGCCAAGGAGAUGGAAGACGCCUUGCAGCUGCUGAGGAACAUCGUGCCGGCCCUGACGGGCGAGCAGCACAAGGGCCAGGCCGGCCGCAUCGGCGUCGUGGGAGGCUGUCAGGAGUACACGGGGGCCCCAUACUUCGCAGCAAUCUCGGCUCUCAAAGUGGGCGCGGAUUUGUCGCACGUGUUCUGUGCCAGGGAGGCGGCGCCCGUGAUUAAGUCCUACAGCCCGGAGCUGAUCGUCCACCCGGUCCUGGACAGCCCGGGCGCAGCCCAGGAGGUGGGGGUGUGGCUCCCCCGGCUGCACGCCCUGGUGGUGGGGCCCGGCCUGGGCCGAGAGGAGCACCUGCUGGAGCACGCUGAGGGUGUUCUGGAAGCCGCGAAGGCCAGGGACAUCCCUGUGGUCAUUGACGCGGACGGGCUGUGGCUGGUGGCCCAGCGGCCGGCACUCAUCCUCGGAUACCAGAAGGCCGUCCUCACCCCCAACCACGUGGAGUUCGGCAGGCUGCACCAGGCUGUGCUCAGCGGCCCUGUGGACAGCACUGACCCGCGCGGAUCCGUCCUGAGGCUCAGCCGGGCCCUGGGGAACGUGACAGUGGUCUUGAAAGGGGAGCACGACCUCAUCUCUGACGGCCAGCAGGUGCUCGAGUGCAGCCUUGAAGGCAGCGGCCGCAGGUGCGGAGGACAAGGGGACCUGCUGUCGGGCUCCCUGGGCGUCAUGGCGCACUGGGCCCUCCUCGCUGGGCCGGAGAAGACAAAUGGCUCCCGCCCGCUGCUGCUGGCCGCCCUGGGUGCAUGUGCGCUCACGCGGCAGUGCAACCACCAGGCCUUCCAGAAGCACGGCCGCUCCACCACCACCAGCGACAUGAUCGCCGAGGUCGGGGCCGCUUUCCGCGAGCUCUUUGAGGCCUGAGCCAGGGGCGCAGGGGCCUCAGGGGCAUCUUCCCCUGUGCCAGGCGCAGCCUAUAGCCUGGCAGGCGGGGGAUGAGGGGUUUGGGGUGCCGCAGCUUGUGGGCACUGAGAGGGGUGGAAGAGCCAGGGUGCUGUCCUGCCUUCCUGCCUUGUGCCGCUGAGAACGUGAGGGAGACGGGGGUUGGGUCUGUCUGCUUCCCCAUCCCGGGGCCUCGUCCUCACUUGCCUUCCGGGCUCUUCUCGGAUCAGCCAUCUGUUUGUCAGGGAGGUCCCCAGAGGAAAAGUAAGUGUACCUGGAGGCCCCGGGAGGCCCUGUGUGGGUGCGGCACGGUGGCACAGACCUGCAGGCUGAGGGCCACAGGCUGAGCCGGGAGUCUGAGCCCCCACGCCCCGCUGUCCUCGUCCACACACUGGUGCGCCCCCAGGCGCCCCUCGUCCACACACUGGGCGCCCCCAGUGUCUCAGCUGAGCUGUGUGAUGACCACAUAUCUGGGCAGUGGUCAGCGCCGGCUCCCAGGAGGCCAGCGGGAAAGCCGUCACUGUCAUUCAGCCUGACAGCGGCACACCAUGUCUGCUGAGGAGAGGGGUCAGUGUCGGUGCCCGCGGGGCCCCAUGCUGCGCGGCCCCAGCAGGGCUGUGGUUUCUGGCUGAUGAAGCCUCUCACCCUGGGCCGGUACUCCGCUGGCCACACUGGAUCAUUCACAGCUCUAAACUCACUCGGCGAGUCCGGCGGAGCCGGUGGGGUGGGGGCCGCCCUGCGGAGCUGCCUUGGGCCGGCCGGAACCCUGGCUGCUCUUGGCCACACAGGCUUGUGUCUUCGCAGCAGCGAGCUGGAGCCCGCCUUGUGCUUCUGAGUGCCGAGUCGCUCCGUCCAUCCAUCCCUCGGCAGUGACCCUUGUGGGCGUCCCCUUUGUGAGGUCACUAAAAGGGCAGGCCUGAACAGUUGCUUUUUCCCGGGGAAGUAAAGUUCAGCAGUCACA